CCUGAAGUACUGCAAGUGUUUUGUGCAGGCAGGCAUUGAUGCUGCAUGAAAGGAUAGCUAAAUAUGAGGACUACUAACUGGGGUGAUGAGGUGGAGACAAUAACCGUGAGAAGAACGGAGUCGUCUGAUGCUCGCGAAAUCAAUGACCUCAUAUCACCUGUGACCGAAGAGGUUUUUGGAAGAGUGAAUGUCAUUUACCUGUUGGAGAGGGCAAAUUUUGCAGUGACUGUGACCAAUUCCACAAAUGAAAUUCUUGCCCAUGCUGCUUUCCUUGACUACCCCAGCAGCGACGUGGUCGAUCCCGUUGACUGGGCACCAUGGUUGCACCAGCAUUUCAGUUCUGAAAAAUGCACUCCCCUGAAUACACUCUUCUUGCACCUAUUUGUGGCACAGCCAGACUUCUCCCUUGGUAGUGCUAGUGAGAUUUUAAGAACAGUCUUCAGUGCCGUCACAGAGCUCCACUAUGUCUUUAUGGUUAUUCCAAACAGCGCCUGCCUGGAGCCAGCUUUGCUGGAGGUUUUUACACCUCUCACGUGCCUCCAGGACUCAGAGUGUCAGUGGUCAGCAUUCGUGUGCCACAGACACAGCUACUGCCCCACGCUGCAUGUCCGAAGAGCCAGGGUGGAAGACCAUGAUGACCUCACUCAGAUAUUAACAGAGGAGACCAAGGAGUGCUGUGUGUCCUAUGGCCCUUACUUCCUGGCUGAGCUCAUUGAAGCCCAGAAUGACAAUCUCCACGCAGCCGUUUGUGAGAACGAAGGUGCAGCAGCAGGGUUCAUGAGCGUGAGCGGCGAUGUCAAUUUGAAGCUACUGAACGAGUGCUUUGAGCUUGGACCUUUCAAUGGCCUCUACAAGACAAGCCAAGCUCUCCCGUCUAAGCCUGGGCCCGAGACGGAAGAAUCAGAGGAUGCUGAAGAGUCGUUCACCGGUCCUGAGGAACAAGAGGGAGAGGCCGCUGCAGGAGCAGAGCAGAAUGACCUAAACGCUUUCUGUAUCCAGCUGUUCUUCAUAGACAAGAAGUACGACAUGAGAUCUGUGGACUUUCUGCCUUACAUCUUCAAACUUUUUCCGGACCGGGACUUCUGUGUGAUCUUAGUGCCCAAGCUGGGCCCAGAGUUCCCUCUUCUGCAGUCCUUCCUUCGUGUGGUCCCCCAGAGCAACAGCACCCUCCCCAACGAGCUCUACAUCUACCACCGCUCCGGCCUGCUAAAAACCUUUGAGGUGAGGGUGGCUGUGUCCAGUGACCAGCCGGCUGUGGAGUCUCUGGUUCAGGAGCUCAGCCUGCACGAGUCCAUGCUGGAGGAUCUGGACCUGUUCUAUCAGGCCCGGAAAGACAAGGAUCGGACUCCCAUGCAGGCGUUUGUGGCCCAGGUCAUGGAACAGGUGGUAGGGAUUGCCAUCAUCAAAAACGAAGAGGAUAUUGAGUACAUCCGGGCUCACUACAACAUCGAGUGCUUCAUCUACUUCAGCCACUACCAGCGGGAGGAGCACGGCCAGCUGUGCCAGUUUGCCCUCAACCCCAUCUUCCAUCACUACGCCCGCCACUUCCUGAAGGAGGCGCUGCGGCUCGGACACAAGUCCUGCCUCUACUACCCUGUCUACCCCUCCUACCACACGCAGAAGAAUGCCUGUGCUCACUCCCUCACCUCAGUGCUGGGCUGCAUGGUUCCAGUGCGGCCGCGGCAGCAGAUCGUGUACCCGCUGGAGGAGCUGGGCCUCAACACGCCCUCUGAGCGGGUCACCGCAGAGCAGAUACCUUACGCCAUCAACCACAUAAACAGGAAGCUGACCAUGGAACCAAAGGUCACAGUCAACAUCAGGAUUGUAGUUGUGGGAGCCUCGGACACAGGAAUAUCCUUUCUGGAGAUGCUUGCCUUCUGUCCGCAUCUGAGGUUCAACAACCUGACGCUCAUUUCCUCUCAUGGACUUCCAGGCUCCGCCGACGGUGAGAAUAUUAGUUUCCUGGCCACAAGCCACAGCUACGGCGACAGAGACCACGCCCAGCUCUCACUGCGCUCCUGGGUCAACGUUAUAGUGGGCAAGAUGACGGGCAUCAACAGGGCGGAUAAGCACGUGCUGGUGGCUGGCGACAGGAAGGUGCCCUACGACCAUCUGAUCCUCUGCACGGGGCAGCAGUACCAGCUCCCUUGCCCCAGCGGAGAGGACGCCGGCCAGCUCACGACGGACGGAGAGCCGGCCGCUCGCCCAGAGAGGAGGUACACCGGGCCCGUCCCCUCGAACCUCUUCACCCUCGACGACGAGCACGACUGCCAGAGGGCCCAGCGCUGGCUGCUGGAGAACUUUCUGGAACGGGAGGGCGACGCCGUGGUCUACGGGAACAGCGUGGAUGCGUACACCUGCGUGGAGAAGCUGCUGGCACUGGGGGCGGCCGGCUCCCGGAUACUGCUGGCCCAGCCGCCCGCGAACUCCGCGGCCCCGCCCUGCUUCAGCAGCCCCGAGGUGGAGAGAGCCGUGCGGGAGGCCAUGUGGCGCAGCGAGGUCAGAGUCUACCCCGACUGCCUCCUCGCCCAGAUGAACGGAGGGGACGACCCCGAGCCGCUAUCCGCAGUCUCCUUCACCUCCAAUGGCAGGCUCCUCUCCCUGACCUGCUCAGUGUUCUUCAACUUUUACCGGAAAGGCGUAGACUUCGACGCCUUCAGAGCGGUCAACAACGCCUGCCUGGUGUACGACGGGCGGCUGGUCAUCGACGCGGCCUUCCACACCAACGACCCGGCCGUGCGUGGGGCGGGCCCGCUCACCAAGUUCGCCAGCUCGUACCACGCCGACCGCUGGGCCCACGAGCGCUUCAACUCCAAGGAGAUCGGAGCCGAGCUGGCCGCCGCCCUGCUGCCCCUGUUCGACCCCACGCUGGAGUCCGACGUGGACCCGGACCCCAGCGCCGACCAGCCCAUCCCCGAGUACUCCCAGGCUAAGAUACAAGGUGGGAGGUUGCCAGGAGGAUACAGCUAUCUCCAUGCCACAAAUCCAGCCAUAAACACCCUCAUGACAUCAUCCACGGCAUCCACCAAAUAUAGUAGAGAGAUUGCCACCGGGAAAGUUGAGGAAGGCAACUACUUCCGGCUCUUUCUGAAUCAGUUCGGCCUGGUGGAGUCCAUUACCUGCCUUUCAACAGAGCCGCUCCCGGUCUACAACUACCUGUGUCUGUACGGCAGACACGAGCUGCUCCUGAACCGGCUGUGUGCCCGCUUCGACGAGGGCCUCAUCCCUGACCUCCAUAGCUACUUUAAGGAGAGGUGGUGCUUGGCUAUAUAUCAUGAUCGCUUUGUGGAUUUUGAAGAGGAAGUACGGCAGGUUAUGGAAUCUGUCAAAAUACAGGGUGAAGAUGAGGUGCUGUCAAUUCCGGAGGUUGUCCAGAAGAUGGUCGAUGAAGAGCUGGUGGUUCCAGAGGAUCCUAAUCAGUAUCUAGAGAAGGUGUUCGCAAAAGGCAACGAGUUGACCCCCCUGAAGAGAGGCGUCCUUAAUUACCUGAAGUACAAUAGGUACCACCUGACCAUGUAUGCGCAACCAGAGUUUAUAUAGCAGCACCAAGUGGAUGUGUAUAUUUGCUUUUUUCACAGGCAUCAGAGAUGCUCAUACAUCCUUAAUGGAAAUACCAUGAAUGUGGUACUUAUUUUAUUGUAAAGCGCUAAGCAUUUGAAUACUCUUAAUACAUUAUUAAUCAUAUGUGCAUAUUACAUUUAUCUGAUAACAAUGUUAAUGUGUGCCACCCAUACUUAAAACAAACAAAUAAAAUGGUAGUUCCCCUAAACUGUAAUUAAAAAAAAACACUUAGUUACCUGCAUCUUCUCAACAACAUUAGAUAUUUGACUAAUUCCAUAUGUAGCCUUCAUUAAAGUGCUGGGACUUGGAAAUACAAAUAUUUAAGUAGUGUGCCAUAUCAACAAGGACAGGUCUUACAUUGUAUGUGCUUGACCUCUAACAUUUUGCAGGUUGAUUUGUAUUUUAUUUAUUCAUCAUAUUCACAUGUAGACCCCAUGUUCAACCAAAACAGUCUUAGAAAAGAACGACAAGCACAAAAUAAAUAUUUGUGUAUUUUCCUUGGAUUGUUGACAGGAUGAAUUAAGUGUGGACUUAUAUGAUUAUAUGAUUGCAUCUGUUGCAUAUCACAGUCUUAUCUGAACUUAUACCAAAUAAAUAAAAGAGCAAAUUAUAUAUUG